AUGACUUCUUUAAAAAAUCACAGGCUUGUUCAUUUAGAUUUAAAAGGAGCACCUCCUAAACCUGAUUACUUAAAAAAUUUGUAUCAAUUAUUUACAAAAUGGGGAGCAACUGGCAUUAUUAUAGAAUGGGAGGAUUGCUUUCCCUUUAAAAAUGAUUUUGAAAUUAUUACUAAUAAAUUUUAUUCAGUGGAUAAUGCCAUUCAAAUAUUACAAGAUGCCAGAGAUGCAAAAUUAGAAGUUAUUCCACUUUUUCAGACUUUUGGCCAUUUAGAGUUUGUUUUAAAACACAAAGAAUAUGUUCAAUUUAGGGAAGUUCCUUUGUUUCCUAGUUCGAUAUGCCCUAGCCAUCCGGAUGCUUUUAAACUUGUAACAAGUUUAUUAACUCAAAUAAUUGAUUUUCAUGUGGGUAUAAAGUUUUUACAUAUUGGUGCUGAUGAAGUGUGGCACAUGGGCUUAUGUGAAAAUUGCAAAAGCAGAUUAGAAAAUGGUGAAACAAAAGAGGAUCUUUAUUUAAAACAUGUAAAAAAAGUUGUCGAAUUCAUUAAACUUAAUUGGCCUGAAAUUAAUGUGAUUAUGUGGGAUGACAUGUUAAGAGAUUUUGAAGAAGCAACAUUACAAACUUACAAUUUGAAAAGUUUAGUCGAACCUAUGGUCUGGCACUACAGUCCUGCUGAAAAUUUUAAUUUGCCACCUGAAUUGAUGAGAAAAUAUUCUUAUUUUGACAAUAUUUGGGUAGCAGGUGCUUUUAAGGGAGCUACUGGUGGAUCUCAACUAUUACCUGUUGUAAAUCAUCAUGCAAGCAAUAUUUUACAUUGGAUGUGUUUAGUAAAUCAAUUAAAAACAAAUUAUCGUGGAAUAGCAUUGACAGGGUGGUCAAGAUAUGAUCACUUUUCUGCUCUUUGUGAAUUGCUUCCUACAAGUUUACCUUCGUUGGGAGUGUGUUUACUUAUUGUUGAAGAAAAAAAUUUUGAUUCGACUACGAUAUCUAGAGUAGAAGCAGAUUUGGGUUAUAAAAAUGAGGUGACAUCUUUAUGUAGAUUAUCGAAUGUUCCUUUCACUUUUACUUUUUUAGGAUGGGAAAUUCUUUCUGGGAUUUCUAAAUUCAUGAAUGUUAGGCAAUCUAUAAAUUUAACACUCAGCAGUGAACAAAUAGAUACUUGGAUGAAUUCAUGGCAGGUUUCAAAUGGUCUCGUUAAUCCAAUGCAAUUAGUAUCUUUAGUACCUGUAUUAAACAUGCAUUUAGGAGAAUUAAAUGAUAUUGAAAAGUUUUUAAAAAAUCACAUGUGUACCAUAUUUUUCGAUGAUACCGUUACGGAAUGGAUAGGUACAUAUAUAUUACCAUUAAAAAAAAAAAUAUUAGAUGUUAUACAAACAGCAGAUGAGCAAAUUGCAUUAAAUUUAAAAUUUGUCGAGGAAGCAUUAAAAAUUUAUAAAAAACCAUAUUUGCCCUACGAAAUGGAUUGUUAA